GAUCAUUUAUAUAGUAAUCCGAACUUCUCACUGGUUGGACACCUCAACCGCACUCAAAUCAACAGAUACUGCAUUUAUUCUCUCAAAUACCGUCAAAAUACACUUUCGCUGCCAAAAAUGAUUCCUCCUGCACCAAUUGCCCCUCAACCGAAUGUUCCAGUCCACUAUGUCAAAGCAGAGACAGGGGAAGUAAUCACACUAGGAAAUGUCAAAUUGAGAGUUUUAGAGGACGGGAGUAGGACUGAUAAUCGGAUUUCAACUGUUGAGGGAACUCUUCCUGCGGGUCUGAAAGGGCCACCUGCUCACUGGCACGAGAUGCAUGAUGAAUGUUUCCUGGUCACGAAAGGCGUAAUAUCCUUCUGGGUCCCCGCCAAUCCCUCAACAGGCGAGUCCGAGAAGAGAAUCGAUGCAGGGGUAGGUGAUUAUGUGGUUGUACCCACUAGAGCUCCUCAUACAUUUAGCAAUGAGACGGAUGAGGAGGCAAAAUUUGUCAAUACUUUUACUCCGGCAUUCUACAUCCAUUAUUUCAAACUCCUGGCUAAGAUGAUGGAAGAAGGAAAAGAGCUGACCCCAGAGAUUAACCUGGCAGCUAUGGCUUAUUAUGCCACGAUUCCCGUGCCAAGACGAAACUGAAAUGAUGUUUUUAGUUGUACGUUUUGAAGAUGUAGAUUCUGGGGAUUCUGGUCUGUGAUUGUGGAGUAGCUAUCGUGUGGUGAAAUUGAAGAUGAUGUCGAGGGAAUUUGAGGUAUUAUCAAUAACCAGCAUCAAGAGAAAAUCGCAGAUUCAAGAGAAUCAACUCUCAUACACAUUCAGAUUUCUUAUAUUUCUAACUUCUUUACAUCCCAUGUAGUGGCGGUAAUAGAAUCAAUAUAUAUUGCUCUCA